UACACUGACAUAUUCAUCACCGACAUUUUAGUGGCAGAUGUCCAGACUCUCUACUUCUAGGGACUCUACACUAUAUCAACCCGUAUGCAACCAUGUGAUGCAUCACGAUGGCCGCGAGUGUCGCGACAAUGAUUGUCGUGAUAUCAUGGCUUUCCUAACCCGUAACCUGAACUGAAUCGGCAAUAUAUCUCGGUUUGCGGGACAGACGACAUUUUUUUUGCCGAUCGUCGCUAAGAGAAACUUGUAUACGUUUUCGACACGGAGUGGUGCUCAUUAUAGCCGUUUUAUGUGAUUAUGGAUGGAAGUUGUCAGAACACAAAUUGAUAGAGAAAAUUGUAUGGCUAAAACAAACUGUAUAUCAGAAAAUACUGCAGAAUUGACACAACUUAAUGAAAUGAAGUCGCACGAAAAAGGUCCACUUUACAUUGUUGUCGAUACAAAUGUAUUUCUAUCAAAUCUCGAGAUUAUUGAAGAAGCAAGAGAUGCGACAUUUGAAAAUUAUCCACGUCCAUUUAUCGUAAUUCCUUGGACAGUAAUAUGCGAAUUAGAUUAUUUUAAAGACAACAAAUCGAAAUAUGAAUUAUCGAUUAAAGCUAGAAAAGCGAUUUCUUUUAUCCAUAAUCAAUUUUCUUCUAAACACCCACGUGUAAUAGGACAAACACGAGAUCAGGCAAAGAAAAACAAAGAAUAUUUUUCUAUUGAUUGUCCAGAUGAUGAGAUUCUCCAAUGUUGUUUACAGAUUCAUCAAUUGCGAAAAUCAGUAAUCUUGUUAUUUUAUGACAAAAAUCUAUGCACUAAAGCGAUGAUAUAUAAUAUACGGACAUUGGGACGUAACGAUCCUCUUGAAAAUAUAGAUGAUUUAGAUACGAAUAGUCAUAGGGUAAUCAACCGUUUGAAUGAUGUCUGUUAAGUUAGCACCCCCACCACAAAAAACCGAAACGCCACCUAUGCCAAAAUUAAGUGCUUUU